AACGCCACACGAAACUCGCCGACUUAACGCCAUCCUCUUCCACUCGACCCGGCGACUUGAUUCCUCCCUCGCUCUUCCCCCAGAAAAAACCCCCCAAAUCCCGAACCCUAACCCUAAUUCUCGCCAUGGCUCUCCUCCCUCGCACCGCUCGCCUCGCACUGACCUCAUCCCAGCAUUCCUCCUCCCUGAUCCAAUCCCUCACCUACUCCUCGGCCUCUCCUUCCACCGCCCCCGCCCCCUACGGGCGUGCUCCGCCGCCGUCGACCUCUUCUCCGGCGGGCCUUUCAAAGGCGUCGGAGUUCGUGAUCUCGAAGGUCGAUGAUCUCAUGAACUGGGCUCGCCGUGGGUCGAUCUGGCCCAUGACCUUUGGGCUGGCUUGCUGUGCUGUGGAAAUGAUGCAUACUGGAGCUGCGAGGUAUGAUUUGGAUCGAUUUGGGGUGAUCUUUAGGCCGAGCCCGAGGCAGUCGGACUGUAUGAUUGUUGCUGGGACUUUGACGAACAAGAUGGCUCCUGCUCUUCGCAAGGUUUAUGACCAGAUGCCUGAGCCACGCUGGGUUAUCUCCAUGGGAAGCUGUGCAAAUGGUGGUGGCUAUUAUCACUACUCGUACUCUGUUGUUCGUGGCUGUGACCGAAUUGUUCCGGUUGACAUCUACGUGCCCGGAUGCCCUCCUACUGCUGAGGCUCUUCUCUACGGCAUUUUGCAGCUGCAGAAGAAGAUCAACAGGAGGAAGGACUUCCUACAUUGGUGGACCAAGUGAAGGGAGAGGGGGGGGAAAGGUACAUUGGACUUUUUACCGUAUCUCUGCUGUGUUUUGCGUUGUGUUGCAAUAAAGAGCAAGUGCUCAACAUAUCGCAUGUUACUGAGUUGUUUGGAAUGAUUUGGGAGAGCGAUUCCCCUUUCUGUUAUACUAUUGGAGGUAGUACUGUUUGGUGUAUUCCAGCUUGCUGCUUUUAGUUUGCACCCUUUGUGGGGGUAUUGAUUUCCUGUUAACAAGAAGAAUCUGUAUGUGAAAAUGACAAGGAUUUUCAAUUAUGAAUAUUUAUUUUGUAUGUC